AUGUCCUCACAAUCCACACCACGGUCGACGCGUUCCGUGUCGCCCGCGGGAGACUCGCCGAACAUUAUUACGCCCGGUCAGAAGAUCAAGGCUAUGAUGGCGGAAUUUGACAGCGAUUCGGAAGAUGACACUCAAAUUGCCAAGUCAACAAAAGCUGUCUCAAAACUUGACCUAGGGCGUGAUUCAGUGCCGGCUGUUGAUACACGUGAAAAUGGCCCAUUGCACGACUCAGAAGACGACUCAGACAGCGCAGAUGAGGUUUUCCGACCAAAAGGCCGUAUGGCUGCCCGUUUACAGGGUAAUGCUGAACCAGGUGAACCCCAGGGCGAAAAUUCAGCAUUUGCCCGCGUGUCAAAGGCACUCCGAGCAGAAAUAAAACAGGGCGAGAAACCCCAGCAGACAGAACCACAACCCACUCCCAUCGACGAAUCUAGCGAUGAUGACUUGCCUACGGCUGGCCCGAGCAGAAAGCAUAAAUCCACAACCAACUCUCCCAAGUCCGACAACAGAACGAGCCAUCCCCCUCCCCGUUCAAGACCCGACUCUCCCCUCUUUGUAUCGUCUCCAGGUGAGGCGCGUGACGACUCAGGAACCGAAAACGAAGAUACAGAAAAUGCUGCCGGGAAGAAGCCCAGGGCAAAUGCCCGUUUCCUGUCUCUUGUCGCUCAAAAGCGCAAGGAACGCGAGGAGCGAGAGAAAGCCGCAGCCGUAAAGAAGGCCAUUCGAAAAGCCCAGUUGGAGCAGCUCAGCUCGCAGGUUGGUUCAGGCGAGGAGAGCGAUGCUGAUGACCCGCGUUCUGCGAGCAAGCUCUCCCAGAAGGCUCGUCAGCCCCGGAAAGCCAGCAAGAAGGCACUAGAUGAGAUGAGGCAGGAAACUCAGCGAAUGAGCCGUAACAUGCAACUAGCUCACCAGGCGCAAACAAAAAAGAGAAUCACAAAGGAAAGCCUCUUCGCCAAAUUCAAUUUCAUGCAACCCGAGACCCCGGUCGAGCAGCCCGCGGCAAACUCAUCGUCAGCCGUCGGAUCACAAACUUCCUCUGAAGGGAAACUACACACAAAAGCUACUCCGCACACGUCUCCAGUUCUUGGCCAUUUGGAUGCCACCAAGUUGACCACUGAUUCUGGGCAUAUCCAAGUUCAAGCAGCUGAUGUGGAUAUGGAUACUGACACUGAAUAUUUGCCUGCCCCGAAAGACCUCCUAUUGCCAAACCAGCAUCCUGAAUUGUCAAAGGGCCCUACAGUCCAAGAUGUCUCGACCUCUGUACCUGAACCCAAGUCUGAGGGUGCCGAAUUGAAGAGAGUUUCGCGCCCUCUGACCCAACCACCCAUCCGCGUGCUGCUUUCCAGGAAAGCGGUUGCCGCGCGCCAGAAAGAUUCAGACGAUUCUGAUAGCGAUCUUGAGGUAGUGACAUCCCCUGGCAGAUGCCGUAGCAUUGCAGCGUUCGAAAACCUGCGUACUAGACAGCUGCAAGAAAAUUCCUCUAUGACCAAGCUCAAGGCAUUGGCACAUCUAACAUCUCCUACCCGAAAAACGACCUCCAUGAACUCUGCAGAGCUUUCGGCAAGUCUGUUAUGGCGGGCUCGACAGCAAGCAACCAAGGAGCGCCGGGAGCGGAUCGAAGAGCUCAGGGCUAAGGGAAUAGUCAUUGAAACAGCCGAAGAGCGUGCAGCCAUGGAGGAUGAUAUGGAAAACCUCGUUGACAAAGCACGCAAAGAGGCAGACGAAAUCCGCCGACUGGAGAAAGCUGCUAGAAAAAAGGACAACGGUGAUGAUGACGAAGAAGAGGAUGAUGACUACGAGCUUUCCGGCUCUGAGGAUGGCGAAGGAGCCGAUGAAGAUGACCAGGAGGAAGAAAACGAGCGCAUCAAUGACGGUGGGGACCUCGUCGAACAGGAGGCCGACGAAGACGACGAUUCGGAUGACGACAUGAGUGAGGCCGUUCCUUCAGAUGCAGAGGACGAGGUGCCUGCCGCAAGACGGAAGCGGCGAACUCGAGUGAUUAGCGACGAUGAAGAUGAAGACCAACCACAACAACAACCUUCAACGCCUCUAAGAGCGCCGAUUUAUGUGCCGCAGUCUGUCGAACGACCCAAUUUCCUUGGCAUGGGAACACUGGGCGAUACAUCCCUAGGUCUUACCCAGGCAUUUGCCUCCACAUUGGAUAGCAAUGGCGCUGACACCCAACCGGAAUCUGAUACCAUACCCUUCUCUCUCCCAGACCCUGGUCAGUCUGUUCCUCAACUUCGGAAGGAGGAAUCAGAGAUUCUUGUCCCAGACAGCCAGCCCCAGCCUCAGGACAAAGACUUUAUGGAGGGCUACACGCAAACCGUGACCCGAGUGUUAGAGUCGCCUGCGCCAUAUGCCUUCUCCGAGUAUUCUCAAUCCCCGCUGCCUGACCCAACCCAGGACGAGGGCUUUGUAUUCUCACCAUUUGAUCCCGCAAAAAGAUUCAAGGGUACCCCACCCAUGUCUACCGUCGACACCGUCCUUGUGGGUCAAACUCAGUCGCCCAUUGCUGACCGCAAACGCAAGAUGUUGCGGCGAGGACGUGCAACUGAACUUUCUCAAGUCGGCGAGAAUGAUAAUGAAGGUGACUUUGAAAUCAACGCCAAUGCCUUCAAUAUCAUGAAGAAGGAUAAGGCUGCGAAGAAGAAUCCUGCUACGCAAUACAACAAGAAAAACAGCAAGGCGAAGGAUAUUGUCGAUGAGGCUGCCGAAGAAUCUGAAGAUGAAUAUGCAGGCCUUGGAGGUAUCAGUGACGAGAGCGAUGGUGAAGAAAAUGCCAUUGAUCGCCAAAUGAUCAAUGAUAACAGUGGCGAGGUGGUUGAUGAAAAGCAACUUGCCGCACUUAAUGCGAUCCAUGAUCGCAACCGUGACGAGAAAGAUGUCGCCAAGCUGAUGAGAGAUAUCACCACUGGAGCUCUCCGUCGCCGUAAGAAUGCGGAUGAUGACUUUGACCUCAAUGACUCAGACGAUGAGCGCCUAGCACGUCGCCGCGAGAAGCAACGAGAGUUCGCUAAGAUGCGCCGCGCUCUCCUUGCAGACGAGAAGAUCGGCGAGAUUGCCGAGAACCCUAAGAAGGCUGCAUUCUUCAGGGCCGUCGAGGAUCGUGAAAUUGAUGAUGACUUCAAUAUCGACUUCCUGGAGGAAGAGGAGCAAGGCUCCCAAGGAGAAGCAUCACAGGAUCCCACUUCAGGGGACCAGUCGAAUGAUGCGACGAGCGAUGGUCAGAACCGAAAGCGUCCUCUUGAGCCAUCAACUGAAGAUGCAACCAACCGUCCGCCACCGCGUCUUCGCCGCACCCCCGCCAGUGCAAUGUCGAGGAAACCAUCUACCAUAGCAGAGAUUCGUGAAACGUUGUCCUUCCUCACUGAAACCCCCGAAUACGACUCCUUCCAGGACGACGCUUCUAUUGAUGAUGAAGAACACGAGCAAGAAGACGAAGACACUCCCGACGCCGAAGCAGUCCAAGGCGAUGAUGGCCAAUCGCAAUCGGACAAUACCUUCGCCAAACCCAGCCACCCACGCCGCACGCGCGGAGUCGUAGUCGACCGCCUUGCACUCCUCCGACAAGCAUCCUCCAACUCCGCCACAGGCACUAGCUCUGGCCCUUCAAACUCCAAGCUUGCAUUCCACAGUGGCAAUGGCGGAGAUGGCCCUAUUGGAUUCCGCCCUCCUCAGCUUCUGCGCCGUGUUACGACUGGCUCCUCAUCUUCGAGUAGCUCGAACGCCUCCAGCCGUGUCUCUAAAGCUGCAGCCUCGGGCCCUAAGAAGGGCGGUGCUGUCAACUCGUAUACCGCUGCACGCGAGCGUGAGCGUGAAAGGGAGCUCCGUAUCAAGCAGCGCAGCGGGGGUUCUAAUAUUGCCAAGUUGCUCGGUAAACAUACUGGUGGUGGUUUGGGUGGAUUGGAUAAGGGUCAAUGGGAUUGA